AUGGCGCUCGCAAGGGUUUCAUCUUCUUCCCGCCUCCUCCUACUCCCCUCCACCACCACCACCUCCUCCCUGCUCCAUUCCUUACUGCGCCCCUUCUCUACCUCCUCCGUCUCGGCUCGUCGCCUCUCUCACCCAAGAAGCCUCCCCAUCGAUGCCAGUCUCUCCCAAGCUUCUCCCCUCCUUCCUACUGCGAGGGAGGAGGGGGAGGUGGCGGGAGCCCCGAGGUCCACCUCCAGGCGGCCGUGGAAGCCUACGUGCUUGUACUACACCCAGGGAAGAUGCACCAUGAUGGAUGAUGCUUUGCAUCUUGAGAAGUUCAAUCAUAAUUUGUCGGUGGACCUACCAGUGAAUGCUUCAGCUGCAGAUAAAGUGAAGCCUCAGAAACUGGAUUAUUUUUUAGUUCUUGAUUUGGAGGGAAAGGUUGAAAUUCUUGAAUUCCCAGUUGUAAUGAUUGACGCCCACAGCAUGGAGUUCAUCGAUUCAUUUCACAGAUUUGUACGCCCAACUGCAAUGAGUGAGCAACGAAUAGAAGAAUAUAUAGAAGGGAAAUAUGGAAAGUUUGGAGUUGACCGUGUAUGGCAUGACACUGCUGUCCCUUUCGGGGAAGUUCUUCGAGAGUUUGAAGACUGGAUUGGAGGUCACAAAUUGUGGAAACAGAAACAAGGAGAAUCCCUCAACAGUGCUGCAUUCGUUACUUGUGGUAAUUGGGAUUUGAAGACGAAGGUCCCUGAGCAGUGCAAGGUUUCAAAAAUAAAAUUGCCAUCUUACUUUAUGGAGUGGAUCAAUUUGAAGGAUAUCUACCUCAACUUCUACAAUAGAAGAGCAACUGGAAUGAUGACAAUGAUGAGGGAGCUUCAAAUCCCAAUUGUUGGAAGCCACCAUCUCGGCAUCGAUGACGCGAAAAACAUUACAAGAGUUGUUCAGCGCAUGCUUGCUGAUGGUGCUGUGAUACAAAUCACCGCAAGGAGGCAACCGGAUACAAGCGAUGUGAAAUUCCUUUUCAAGAACAGAAUCAGGUGA